CUUGUUCUUUCCUUCCACACAUCAAUAGAACGAUUUUGCAUUUGGAUUCGUCCGCAUAUCAUCUCACUAGUUUUAGCAAUGACCAUCGGUUUGCCAUUUGCUCUGUGUUUUUGUGUGUGUAAAUGCGUCUGUGUGUUGGGAACAGAGUCUGGAAUUUAAGAACAGUGUCAUUUCUUUUUAUAACACGUAAAUUAUUACAUUGCCAUAUGGAUGCUGUUACCAAAAUGUGUGUGUAGUGGAAAUUGCAAUCGAAUGCAGGCUUUAUGCAUGUUGCAUUUGCCCGACCAUCAUCGCAUUCGUUUUUCGAGAUGAUCUAGCAAAGGGAAGAAAUGGACUGUGACGUUUAAACAUGCUCAAAUGAUGCCGGCAGCAGCUUCAAUCAAAGAAGGCCAUUGCUAAUUUUCGGCAUACUGUUGGCAGGGGGUAUUGUACAAGUUUGGCCGGCGUGGGCAAAAUGUUUGGAAUCUAUUAGGACCACAAUUGUAGCUAGAACUAUUUGGCAAGAAGCACCGUGCGAAGGGUGAAAUAGAAAAGAAAAUUUCUACGGUUGCUAGAUUCGAGCGGUGUGUGUGCGUUCGGAAACGAUCUCCGGUGCGAGUUGAAGUUGGCUAGGAAACCGAAUUGUAACCUCAACCAUCAUACGGCACGGGUGCAGAAUAGGCAAAAGACGCUAAGCAUCGCCCGGCAGGCAGGCAUAAAGGCGAGAAAACGCGAAGGCGUACGCGGACAGUUGGAAAACAAGGAGGGAAAGUAACCAUCUCCAGUCAUCCUCCUUCUCCUCCGUCUUCGUCACGGACGCACCCGGUUUGGCUUAAUGUCUAGUGGUGAGUUUCGUGACAGCUUCGUCGAUCCCCCAGCCGCCAAAAAGCGGAAGCUGCCAUCGCCGACGCCGUCGCUGACACAGCCGCCCGAGCAGCAGCACGAGCAGCCGCCGCAUUCGUCAUCGCCUGCGAUAGAGCGCUCUGCACCAUCAUCGGCCGCAGCCGCUGCAGUAGUAGUAAUGGCGACGUCCAAUAACAAUGGCUCCGCUCCCGUGCCGUCCGUGGAGAACAAUUCCGGCGGUGGUGUUGCUGGCGCUGGCGCCCAGGAAAUCGACGAGGGCCUGUACUCGCGCCAGCUGUACGUGCUCGGCCAUGACGCGAUGCGUCGUAUGGCCCGUUCGGAUGUGCUGAUCUCCGGGCUGGGUGGGCUUGGUGUCGAGGUUGCGAAGAACGUGAUUCUCGGUGGAGUGAAAUCUGUCACGCUGCAUGACACGGCGGUUUGCACGGUCGGAGACCUGUCGUCGCAGUUUUACCUGACCGCGGACGAUGUGGCCAAUGGACGGAACCGUGCGGAGGCAAGCUGCCACCAGCUUUCCGAACUUAACCAUUACGUACCGACGGUGGCCUACACGGGCGAGCUGACCGAGGAGUUCCUGCAGAAGUUCCGGGUCGUGGUGCUGACGCUGACCUCGCCCGCCGAACAACGUCGGGUAGCGGAGAUUACUCAUCGGCACAAUAUCGCCCUGAUUGUGGCUGAUACGCGCGGCCUGUUCGCUCAGGUUUUCUGCGACUUUGGGGUCGAUUUUACCGUGUACGACCAGAAUGGGGCUAAUCCGAGCUCGGCCAUGGUGGCCAGCAUUACCAACGAUGUCGAGAGUGUCGUUACGUGCGUGGAUGAAACGCGCCACGGUUUCGAGGAUGGCGAUUAUGUUACCUUCACGGAGGUUCAAGGAAUGACGGAGCUGAACGGAAUGGCUCCGAUGAAGAUCAAGGUGCUUGGUCCUUACACGUUCAGCAUUGGCGAUACCAGCAAGCUGAGCCCGUAUUUGCGCAGUGGCAUUGUAACGCAGGUGAAAAUGUCGAAGCAGAUGAGCUUCAAAUCGUUGGCCGAGGCGGAAAAUGCUCCCGAGUUCAUUAUGACCGAUUUUGCAAAGUGGGACCAUUCGACCAAUACGCAGGUUGCUUUCACUGUGCUCGGUCGCUACCAGGAGCAGCAUGGCCGUUUGCCCCGUCCAUGGAACACAGUGGAUGCAGCGGAAUUCGUGGAAAUGUGUCGCAUGCGUGCGAAGGAACUAUCGAUCGACGAGCUGAACGAAUCUAUGUUGACCAAGUUCGCGCAGGUUUGUGCUGGUGAUUUAUGCCCCAUGAAUGGUGCGAUUGGUGGUAUUACUGCCCAGGAAGUGAUGAAAGCUUGCACGGGCAAGUUCACGCCGAUCUAUCAGUACUUGUGCUUUGAUGCGAUUGAGUGCCUGCAGGAGGCUGACCUAACGGAGGAAGAGUGCGCACCGAUCGGUUCACGGUAUGAUGGACAAAUUGCCGUCUUUGGUCGCAAAUUCCAAGAUGUCUUGGGUAAGUUGAAAUACUUUAUCGUCGGUGCCGGUGCGAUCGGUUGUGAGCUGUUGAAGAACUUCGCCAUGAUCGGGGUAGCGUCCAGCGCGGAUGGAGAGAUCAUUGUGACCGAUAUGGAUCUGAUCGAGAAGAGCAACCUUAACCGUCAGUUCCUGUUCCGACCACACGAUGUACAGCAGCCAAAAUCGCGUGUUGCCGCCCAGGCAGUCAAGCGUAUGAAUGGUGACAUAAAGGUGACAUCGCACGAGAACCGUGUCGGACCGGAAACGGAGCGGUUUUAUGACGAUACGUUCUUUAACCGGUUGGAUGGUGUAGCAAAUGCACUGGACAAUAUUGACGCACGUAUCUACAUGGACCGUCGCUGUGUGUAUUACCGCAAGCCAUUGUUGGAAUCGGGAACGCUCGGAACUCUCGGCAAUAUUCAGGUUGUUGUACCGUUUUUGACGGAAUCUUACAGCUCUUCGCAGGAUCCGCCAGAAAAGUCGAUUCCGAUCUGCACAUUGAAGAACUUCCCGAACGCGAUCGAACACACAUUGCAAUGGGCGCGUGACACGUUUGAGGGUAUCUUUAAGCAGGUUGCCGAAAAUGCUGCUCAGUACAUCACGGAUCCAACCUUUAUUGAUCGCACGCUAAAGCUGCCUGGCGUUCAGCCACUCGAGGCACUCGAAUCUGUGAAGAAAGCACUGAUUGACGAUAGACCGAAAUCAAUUGAAGACUGCGUAAAAUGGGCUCGUGUUUACUUCGAGGAGCAGUACUCGAAUCAAAUCCGUCAGCUGCUCUUCAAUUUCCCGCCCGAUCAGACGAGCUCCACCGGGCAACCGUUCUGGUCCGGACCGAAACGUCUCCCGGAGGCUAUCACUUUCGAUCCGGAAAACCCAUUACAUCUUGAUUACAUAUUCGCGACGGCCAACUUGAAGGCAGAAGUGUAUGGCAUUCGACAGCAACGCAACCGGGAUGUCAUUAAAAAGAUGGCGGUAGCCGUUGAGGUGCCGAAGUUUACACCACGUUCCGGUGUCAAAAUUGCUGUGACGGAUUCUGCACUGCAGGCGGAAGAAAAUGGCGGUGGUGGUGGUGGCGGUGGUAUGGGUGGCGAUGAUCUCGAUCCGGAUCGUAUCAGUCGGCUGCAGAACGAACUGGCUGCAUUGGGAAAGCCCGAUUUUAGGAUCACACCGCUCGAGUUCGAAAAGGACGACGAUAACAAUCUGCACAUGGACUUUAUUGUGGCGGCCUCGAACUUGCGCGCUGCCAACUACAAAAUUCCCCCGGCAGAUCGUCACAAGUCGAAGCUGAUUGCGGGUAAAAUUAUGCCGGCCAUUGCGACCACAACUUCGCUCGUUGCCGGAUGCGUUUCACUGGAGCUUUAUAAACUGGCGCAAGGGUUUAACACGAUGGAACGCUUCAAGAACGGUUUUCUGAACCUGGCGCUGCCCUUCUUUACCUUCUCCGAACCGAUUCAGGCGAAAAAGUCGACCUACUACGACAAAGAGUGGACGCUGUGGGAUCGGUUCGAGGUGAAGGGUGAGCUAACCCUGCAGGAGUUCCUGGACUACUUUGAUCGGGAGCACAAGCUGAAGAUCACGAUGCUGUCCCAGGGUGUCUGUAUGCUGUAUGCGUUCUUCAUGACCAAGCAGAAACAGCAGGAACGUCUUAAUCUGCCAAUGUCCGAGGUCGUACGGAAAGUGUCGAAGAAGAGUAUUGAGCCGCACGUGCGUGCGCUCGUGUUUGAGAUCUGCUGUAACGACGAGGACGGCGAGGACGUGGAGGUGCCGUACGUGCGCUACGUGUUGCCUUGAAUAUUGGAAACGCUCUGCUGAAGAUAGAAUAGCGCAAAGGGAAAUAGGGGCUUGGCUGCAGGAGGUUUCGAUUAUGAAUUAAUGUUUGCUGAUACCGCAACAAGGGUGAGAUAGUGGAAGAAGAAGGGUAAGAAAUGAUGUCAGGUGGAAUGAAUACACCCAGUAAAUGCGAUGCGUAGCAAAUACAAGAAUAAGAUCAAUGUUUUAGAAUAGCGCACCUGGAACACGACGUCCUACCGACGCGGUUUAAACAUCAGAAACAAUGCAUAAAAGAUAAUCCAACAAAACAUCUCACAUUCCUGCAUACAUGUGUGCAUGGAUGUAGUAAGCAUUGGUGUUUUUGCUACUUGAUCAGCAUGGUAGCAAAUCGUAGCAACAUAUCGAGAGUUCUCCACAGCUAGAGAGCACAACUAUGAUGUGUUGCUAGACACGUUCCUAUGCAUACGUGUCGUACGCGUCGUGCCGCCUUAUUCUCUAUCGCUGCUCUUGUUAGGGUAUCACUUAGUAUUUAUUUUUCACCAAUAUUCCUAUGCCCCCUUUGUUGAUGGUGAAGCCAUGGCUUGUGUGCGAAUGCAGUGGCUGAUCUCUCGAGACCGAAAACGGAAACGAAAUAGGGAAGAUGUAAUUGAAAUAAAACACGAAAGAUGAUACACACGAAAUCGUUCGUCUGGAGGAGUAGGGAUACGGUAAUUAUACAGCCGGAUCGAACGGAAAGCAUAAUAAAAGCAUAGCUUUUUUUAACAAAAUGUUUUUUUUACGUACUUGAUGUUUGCAGUGAAUGAGGAAAAAUAGUACAGUCUGCAGGUGGUGUUGAAGCAAAGGAAUCAGAAUGUGGAGGCAGUUUGUAAUAAGAAGGAGUUUCGCGCGGUAGUCGCGUUUAAGUUGUUUGUCCGUGGUGUGGUCGCAUCGUAGGUUGAACCACAUAUAAUGGGUAGCUAAUAAAAAUGUAGCCGUCUUUAGUACAGGGAAUAGCAGCGACCUCUGUUGUUCGUGGCGUGAAGCAAAACUGUGAGCACAUUUGCGGUUGAUAACAAAACAAUUCAAGGAGAUGCGCGUCAGGUAUGGGAAUGAUUUAAUUUUAUAAUAUAGCGUGAUGUGUAUUGUUUCUCUAUAACAUGCCAGCAGAAGGUGUGCAUUCAAUUUUAUAUGUUGUACUUUCAGCGAGUCAAUGGGCAAUGGCACCUUCAUACUCAUGUUCGGUCGUGUAGUAUCUCUAACCCGUACGGUUAAGAUUGAGCAAUUAAUGAUGAAUACCUUGAAAAAAAAGCGUAGUAGAUUCCUUAAUAGAGGAGCGUUAUAAGAAUAGUAGUUGGAUGAUGGCAUGACUUAAGAAUGGAGAAUGGUAGGCCAUUUCGUAGCUGUUGUGUUGUACUCUUAAUUACAUUGAAACGUCGUGUAGUGGUCGCUGGAACGUAAAAUCGAGUGGCGCGCAAUUUUGUUCAGACAAAAAGGGAUACAUUUCACUUGCAAUUAUUUUCUCCUUCGGGUUGUUAUUUACCGCAGAAUAAACUUUUCACAUACCUUCUUCUCACCCACCAAACCAUCUCAUUUGGUACCGAUUACUUGAGUUGUCUUCUACGUAUGUGCAUGUACCUUCAGUGCGGCAUAUUAAUGGAAAAGUAAAACGAGAGUACGAAUGCUUUUACACUGUUCAAUAGACCGUUCAUUGUAUGGAUGCUGUAACAGAAAGAAAAGGCAAACAAAACACUAACCUAGCAGAAAGGAUAAGAUAUCUAUCUAUAAUCUCUGAUGUAGCAAGUGACGAAUAUGGUCGAAUGGAUUGCGUGAAAUAAAUUCAUUAUAUUUGAAAUUUAAA